AUGAUUUCAACAAUCGGCACAACAACAAUUCAAGCCGCGAACGGCGGGACUCUGUCCACUACAGCACCAAACUCGUUAGUUAUGAAUCCUACGUCAAUGUUGGUAGAAAUGAAAAGCUUCAUUCCUUCUUCAUAUACUUUCGAAACAGAAAUCCAGAAGAUAAAGCAAGAACUUUUAACAAGUAAUUUAGACUGUAGUGCGAAAGAUGAAACAAAUGAACAAUAUCUUUAUGAAAUGCAGGACAUUAUUGACCAUUUGCCUAAACUACCUGAAAUCCAACAACAAAAACUAACCAUUCCUGAAUUCGACGAAAUUGAAGUGA